AUGAACACUCCUGAAUGCGACUACGUGUUUAAGGUCGUGUUGAUUGGCGAUGUGGCCGUCGGGAAGUCUUGUCUACUGCUCCGCUUUGUAGAUGCCACCUACACCGAGUAUUCCCGUGCUACCAUUGGUGCCGACUUUAAGACUCGCAUCCUAAAACUGGAAGGGGAAACUGUCAAGCUGCAAAUUUGGGACACAUCAGCCCAAGAGCGCUUCCGACCAGCGGUUUACUCGAUUUGCCGCAGUGCAGACGGGAUUAUUGCCGUGUAUGAUGUGACGGACGAUAAGUCAUUCACAAACGUCAAGCGGUGGCUACAGGAGAUCCAGUCAUAUGCGUCUGAAGGGGUGAACAAGCUCUUGGUUGGAACUAGGUCAGAUUUGACGAGCAAGAAGGUUGUGGAAUACACCGUCGCCAAGGGAUUCGCCGAUCAAUUGGCUAUUCCCUUCCUCGAAACUUCGGCAAAAAAUGGUACUAAUGUGGAACAGGUUUUCUUGACCAUGGCUAAGCAGAUUAAAGACCGGUGA